ACACAGGUAGGGUGGAUAACAUCUCAAUUUCCUUGUGGGAGAACGAUCCAUUUAACUUUGGCACAGACUGUAACUAAAAGGUCUGGUGGGUCUUUAAUUGACUCUCAACACAGCAAUUUCUGGAGCAACGCAGAUGGACCAGCCAGCGCCACCAGUAUCAUCAUGGCUGGAGGUCGAUGUGGAUUUGGGUUUCGCCCUCUUUUUUCUCUUACUUCUCUGCCUUUUUUUGGUGGUAACCAUUGUGCGUUGCGCUCAAACAGUUGUGGAUCCAUACGGAGCCAUUUCCACCUCCACCUACCAGGAGGAGCAGAUAAAUAACUGAUAUCUGAUCUCGCCAAUCCAACACAAAGGACUUCAUGAAACGUCUGUGUCCAGUAUGGAAGUCUGUGCAUUAUGCAAUGAUA